AUGGGGAAGAACUACGAAGAGGUAGCCAAAGUGCUCGUUGUCGACGUGGAGCUUCUGAAGUCGACGACUGCUGGGUUACCCGCGGAAGAAAUUGCCACGAGGAUCUCAUACAGUGUCUGGUGGUCACGGCUGUGGACACUUCAAGAGGCCGUGUUCGCCACGGAAUUCCAAUUCCAAUUCCAAAACACCGGGCUGGACGGGAAAGAUCUGGUGGGACGUAGCGAUGCUGCUCGCGACGUGCCAGACUGGAUGGUUGGCGUUACCCCUCCAGCGCCUUGGGACCCCCGUGCCAACACCGACGAUUAUCUCGGAGAGGACGCCCACGACAAGAAUGACAUUAAAAAGGACGACGGCCUGAAGCCCAUCGUCGGCGCGUCUCAGAUUCAACAAGGCAUUCGCCAGAGCCAGGGUGAAGAAGACGGGCUCCAAGGUCAAUAUCUCGGCCGAGCUAAACACCUUUUGCACGGCCGCCACAAGCCAGCUCUACGGAGCUGAAUUUGCCAGAAAGGAUCGGGCCGGAAGAUUUGGAUGCAGUUUCCGCAUUUCCUGGUAGAGCAGUGUUGUUUCUCGGUUUCAGGCCGACUCAAACUAAUCCCAUUCCAUAGACUUGACCACCUUCCUGACGGUGCUCAAAAUGGUGUGUCUGCCAGGGACGUUGGCCGGUCUCCUCUCAACGACGAUGGCGGCGGCGACGGCGUCGACGUCGACGACUUUCGGCGAUAAUGUAGCUGGGGAUGUGCUUUUGUGAAGGUGGUCUCUUGGGUUCUAUCAAGCCCCUAUGAAUUGGCUGCCUGGAAGAGACGUGGUGACUUUAUGUGGUAUGAAAAUACAUUGUG